GCGGCCUCGGUCAUCAUUUCUCCUUGUUAUUUCCCUUAUGGUUGGGAACACCAUCAAAAAACUGCUCACUGCAUCUGUUUGUGGGAUAUUGUUGGAUACGGCGUGGUUAAGACUUCCGGAUCAUCUACAGGAAGAAUUUCAGGAAAGAUGAAUCAGUCUUGUGCUAGCUGCCUGAAGGGUAUGGUGACAUUUCUUCAUUUCCUCUGCUGGCUGUGUGGUGCCUUCGUGGUGGCAUUGGGGGAGUUCCAGAUGAUGCACUCCAGGUUUUCUUCUCUCACCAGCUUCUGGCUCAUCUACCCCGCCAAUACCCUGGUCACCACUGGUACCAUGGUCACCUGUGUGUGUUAUUUGGGAGUGCUGGGAGGCAUGAAGGAGAAUCGCUGCAUGCUGAUUACUUUUUACAUUCUGCUGUUCAUCCUGAUGCUGGUGGAGAUGGCCAUGGCCUGUGUGUUCUUUGUCCAAAGCAGAGAGAUUGGCACAUACUUUGAGAAGGACCUGAUGAGCAGCUUGGAGAUCUACAGAGAUAGUCCAGAGCACAAGGACAUUAGAGAUGACUUUGAUGCUGUCCAGCACCUGUUUAAAUGCUGUGGAGUUCAUGGUGAGGCCGACUGGAAAGGGGAUAUCCCCAUCUCCUGCUGUAUUAAAGAUCCCUGUAACAUUGCCGACCAGCCCAACUGGAAAGAGGGUUGUCUGGUGAAAUUGAGGUACUGGUUUGCCCAUAACUAUCUCAGUACGGCAUCAGGAGUCGUCACAAUGUUCAUCAUCCAGUUUGUUUGUCUGAGUAUCACCAUCCCUCUCUUUUGCCACUUCAAACGACGGGGACUUGGCUACCAGUGAGAAGGAACCCAUUAAACUCUGUCAACUUGACCUGUUUUGAAUUUCCAACAUCUUGCUGUGCUUUUAAGCUAUCAAAGUGGCAGAAACCAGGAUAAAAAUAUAAGAAUUAGAUCUAUUACUAUAAGUGAUGUCAUAUGAGCUGACAGAUGAUCAAAUGUAGCUUAAUUAGGUUUAACAUUAAACUGGUCCUAACCUUAACUAACCCAUGAUUCCAGGAAGUGCUGGGUUACAUUGUGUUUUCUCCUGACAGUCUGUUUUCUAGUAAGUCUGCUUUCAUUUUAUUCCAGUUAGGGUCAUGUCUUUGAAUAAUUUGUUAUACGAGUCUGAGUUUUUCUGUCCCAAUAGCACUAUGUAAAAAUGAGCCAACACAUAUCAGCCACAACAUUAAAGUCACCACUGCUUAGCAGCUUCUUGUACCAUCAGAACAUUUUUGACCCACUGGUGUGUGAAUAUAAAGCCUUUCCCCCCCUUGCUAAAUUGGUCUUAUGUGGGAUACAGCUCAUUGCUGUUCAUCAGUUUUGGAGGCCAUUGUCAUUAGGGGUUGUGCUGAGUCAGCUUGGUAGUUUGUUUCAAAGAAAAAUCCACAUUAAAUUCAGGACCAAAGGUUUUCCAGUAUCCUCUUUGUCAUAAAUUAUCAGUUUUUCACUUUACCUGUCAGUGUUUUGCUGUUGUUGCGGAUAAAAUCUUCUUAGACAUAUUGACAAUCACCACUGGGUUUUAAUGGUGAAGAAAAUUACCAAAAAAAUCCAUAAUAAGUUUAGAAAAACUUAUCAUAUAUUUAUUCUUGUUCAUUUAAUCUGCUUAUGUUUAUGUAUAUAACAGAUCAUUAUCUAACCUAACAUCCUGUCAGUUUGUUUAAUCAAUUUUUUUCAAAAUGAGUUUUCAUGUGUUGGUGUUUAUUCUCAGUCAUUAUGCUCAUCCUAAGAACUUGAAUAAAGACAGCUCAUUUAAAACUGGAGACCUUUUGGA